UUUGUUUCCGUUCAGAGCGCGGACAGCUUUGCUGCAUCGGCCGCUCUCUCCGUACAAGUGGAGCGAAGGCGUAUUUAGAGGAUAACCAGCGCGCACUGAGAGCCUAAAGACAACCUACCACCGCUGCAGAGAGCCUUCCCUCAGAGCCGGACGGACACAGCGGGGCCCUGAGGACGGGACCAGGGACUGUGUGUUUGUAGUAAAUGGCCACAUUUGUUUCCUGAGGGGAGACGCUCCUGCCUGUUAGACUAUAGAAACGCCAAAUGCAUCCAGGAAAAUAGGACGUUGGGUGUAAUCCAAACGCAUUGGAAGUUUCUUUGAACGAUUUAGUUUAUCCUGCUGCAGACAUGGACGAAGAUAAUCAAGUGCCCGAGGACCUGUCUUUGGAGGAGAGAGAUGAGCUUUCCAACAUACGUCGCAGAAAAAAAGAGCUUCUCGAUGACAUCGAACGGCUGAAAUUUGAGAUUGCCGAAGUAAUGAAUGAGAUUGAACAGCUGACUUGUGUUGGGGAGAGCAAAACCUCACAAAGAAACAAACAGAUAGCCAUGGGAAGGAAAAAAUUCAACAUGGAUCCUAAAAAGGGGAUCCAGUUUCUUUUGGAAAAUGAUCUUCUGCAGAACACCCCAGAGGACAUCGCACAGUUCCUCUACAAAGGGGAAGGUCUCAACAAGACAGUCAUCGGGGACUACUUAGGGGAACGUGAUGACUUUAACAUCAAGGUCCUUCAGGCAUUUGUGGAGCUUCAUGAAUUUGCAGACCUCAACCUUGUUCAAGCCUUAAGGCAGUUUCUGUGGAGCUUCAGACUUCCUGGCGAAGCCCAAAAGAUUGAUCGCAUGAUGGAGGCAUUUGCCUCCAGGUACUGCCAGUGCAAUCCUGGUGUCUUCCAGUCCACAGACACUUGCUACGUCCUCUCAUUUGCCAUUAUUAUGCUGAACACCAGCCUUCACAACCCUAACGUCAGAGAUAAACCCCCAGUGGAGCGCUUCAUCUCCAUGAACAGAGGGAUCAAUGAGGGAGGAGAUCUCCCAGAGGAGCUACUCAGGAAUCUCUACGACAGCAUCAAGAGUGAACCCUUUAAGAUCCCGGAGGAUGACGGAAAUGACCUGACACACACGUUCUUCAACCCAGACAGAGAAGGAUGGCUGCUUAAAUUGGGGGGUCGCGUGAAAACCUGGAAGAGAAGGUGGUUCAUCCUGACGGACAACUGCCUCUAUUACUUCGAAUACACAACAGACAAAGAGCCCCGUGGGAUCAUCCCACUUGAGAACCUUAGCAUCAGGGAAGUUGAGGAACCCAGGAAACCUAACUGUUUCGAGUUAUAUAACCCUAAUCAUAAGGGCCAGGUGAUCAAAGCCUGUAAGACUGAGGCAGAUGGACGUGUUGUCGAGGGCAACCAUGUGGUCUACAGGAUAUCAGCGCCUACGCCUGAAGAGAAGGAGGAGUGGAUAAAAUCUAUCAAGGCAAGCAUUAGCAGAGAUCCCUUCUAUGAUAUGCUGGCCACAAGGAAGAGACGCAUCGCCAACAAGAAGUGAAGAGAGACAAUCAAAUCAAGCUCCAAGGUGCUCCGUCGCCCUCUCCUUUGGUCUAUGAAGACAUAAGUGGCAUGCUGCCAAGCUGGUUCGUCUCAGAAAACUCUCAUCAACUUGAAGACAAACCUUUGACGCGCUAUAAGUCAUAAACGCUACUUGAAAGUGGAAAACUAUUGAACCAGCCUGUUUGUGUCCCCUUCAUGUCAUUCACCCCAAACCUUACCUCCCCAUUCAUAUUAAAAGAUCUUUUUGUUUCUACUUAAAGCACAACUGCCAUGUUUCAGGUGCAUGCAUGUGGGUUAUUAUCAAAAACUAUGUUUCUGUUCUGUAUGUGUGUCCAACAGUGUGCAUGUUCAGUUUGGUUUCUUACAUUGUGCGCCUCCAGUGUGCUUUAAAAAAUGGUUUUUGGAAGCUAAAAACUAGAAUUCAAGUUAGAUCAAAAGAAUAAACAGGGAAAGGAAACAGAUGAAGAACUCUAAGGGAUGGCGAUUGAGUCAGUUCAACGUAACCACAGCUGGACCGAGGGGUCAUUUCAUUCUGGUGCUGAGCUCUUCUCUCCAGGUGCCCUACUCAGAGUAACCUUAAAAAAAAAAAAAAGGUGUCAAACGAUCGCAGUCUAGAUUCUUCUAGGCGGAUUUCGUUCUUUUCUUUGGGAGCAGAGACUUAAAAUGUGCACACUUUAUAUUUAACUAGUAAUGGUGCUCUUAGAUAAACCCUUAGACCUGAAGUUGUAAUCCUUACCAACUACCAACUUCAUAAAGAGAAGUUUUUUUUUUCCUUUUUAGCUUAUUGCCUUUAAGACAUACCAUAGGAUAUUAGCAGCACUAAAAAGUGCUCGCAGGAAAGCAACUUCUCUGUUUUUAUGGAGAUUUCAUUUGAAAUUGUCUUUGGCAUCUCAUUUUUCAAGUGUGGUUAGCAUUAGCUUAGCAUAUUGCUGGGGAGGACUUAAACAGGCUUCUCCUUGUGUAUUCCUUUGAGAAUUUAGGUCCUUACCUUGACUAAGGUUUGCAAAACAGUGUCAACACUUUUGGACAAUAGCCUGCUAAGCCAGUGACUAACUGGCCACUGCAUACACUAUGCUUGUUAGCCUUUCUGGUAUCUGCUGAAAGUGUUACUCUCAAUCUCAUUUUCUGGUAGGCCUAUCCUCUCCAAUACUGAUAAUUGCCACAUGUGAGACUUCUUUAGUCAAUUACAGUGUUUACAUCUAGAGAUACAGCAUGAUCAGUAAGAUUAUAAUGCAUCUGAGGGAGAAAAAUAACAAAUUUUCCAAUUUGGAAUAUUACAAUUCAACUUUUUUUGGUGAUAUUUAAUUAAAAGGUAUCCCAAAAGUUUUAAAAAGUUUAAAAUGAAAAACCCCCUGUUAACUUUUCCUAUAUUUUACAAGCUUUUAAUGAGAUGAAAAAGUGCCAGAGUUAUGAGUUUUCUUUGGCUGCAUAGAGCAGAUAUUUUUACUGUUUUUUUACUGGUACUUUAUAUGAUGGCAGUCCCAAAUAACUGCCUCAAACUUACUUACCUCAUGUUUUGAAGGAAAAUGAUUCUCAAAAAUACCUGUCAUAAGCUGAUGUUAAGCUGAGAUAAUGAAUGUAAAAUAUUUUAAAAGAUCAGAUUAUUUUAAAGGGGAGUAUCCUAGGGAUUAUGACUUCAGAGGCGUUUUCAGAGCCUUUUCAGUGUAAAACAGGGGUUUUAUUUCUUGCUCUGGAACAGCCCAGUUGGUGUCAGUCUGAUUAAGCUUUUUCCAGUUUAUUUUUAUUUCUCUUCUGCAUAUGUUUGUGAAGUUUGAUGUAUUAUUGUGAUAUUUUCUGCAUUUGAUCCUUGCUUGCUUUUCUACAUAAUAACCAGCUAUAUUCCCCCCCAUGUAUUUAUUUUCAUCUUAUGGAAUUGUUUUAUUAUUACUCCUUGUAAAUCUGAUAUAAUGUAUGCCUAAGUUAUGUAUGUGUAUAUAUAUUGUAUAGGUUUCGGUGUCUUUGUUGUAGUAUGCACACUCUGUGUAACAUGUUUGCAUCUUGCUAAAGUUUGGGGUCUUCUUUUCAAAAGCCUUAAACAAUCAUUUGAUAAAAAAAAGACACUUAAAGAAGUGAUGAAGAGAAUCUAGUUCAAUGACUGUGACAAAGCUAUUUAAAAGCCAUGACUGAUGAG